AUGGCCCCUUGCUCGCUCAGAACAGCAGUUUUUCUUGGUGCUAUCCUCCUCGUAACCCCCGGAGAUGCCCAUGUUGGACAGGGUUUGCCUAGCCCCAUAGCUGGCGCAAUGCUAUUUGACAGCGAGCGGUUUCCUUUGGCAGAUCAUGACAUUGCGAAGCUCAAACAACAUCAGUCAACCUUGGUUGAAUUUGGGAGCAAUGCCACUGGUAAGACCAAACGACCUUUAGGGAAAUGUAAGGUGUUGCCCGGUGACCACCAGUGGCCGUCGCAGUCUACAUGGUCGGCCUUGGAUGACCUUCUAGGUGGUGCGCUCAUCAAAACAGUCCCCCUAGCGGCGUCUUGCUAUUCUUCUUGGCCCGAAUAUGACAGCGCCGAAUGCGAGAAAAUCAGCUCGCUGUGGACGGAUUCCCAUCUUCAUGCUGCGGACCCCGCGUCAGCAAUGUGGCCUCUGUUCGAGGGAAGAACCUGUCUACCCACUACCAAUGCCUCUGCAUCUUGCACAGUGGGUGGAUAUAGCAGUUAUGCUGUGAAUGUGAGCCGUGUCGCUCAAAUUCAACUUGCGGUAAACUUUGCACGUAACGCGGACAUCCGCCUGGUCGUUAAGAACACCGGCCAUGACUUUAACGGCAAAUCGACUGGUGCUGGUGCUUUGGGUAUCUGGACCCACCAUCUCAAGGAUAUUGAAUACUAUGAGAAUUAUCGUGCCUCAGGCUAUCAGGGUCCAGCUGUCAAGAUGGGGUCAGGUGUGCAGGCAUUUGAGAUCUAUUCAAAGGGCCAGGAACUUGAAUUCACCGCCGUUGGUGGCGAAGGGAAGACUGUCGGUGUUGCUGGUGGCUACGUUCUCGGCGGUGGCCAUUCGCCCAUGUCCAGCGUAUAUGGCCUAGCUGCUGAUCAAGUUCUAGCUCUUGAGGUCGUGCUGGCAAAUGGACGCUUCGUCACUGUGACUGAAGAAAGUGAUGCUGAUCUAUUCUGGGCUCUGCGUGGUGGCGGCGGUGGAACCUACGGAGUGGUCACUUCCCUAAUCUCUCGUGUCUACCCCAAGGUAGGUGUUACUGUCUCGACAUUCAACUUUUCCACUAGCGAUGAUGUUUCCGUCGAGACCUUUUGGGCUGGUAUCCGAUCAUAUUUGGAGCGAUUCCCGGCUCACGCCGACGCUGGCACCUAUGCAUACUUUUGGGUGAUGCCGAUGGGCCCGGGUGCAUUCACCUUCCUAAUGAGCCCCUUCUUCGCCGUCAAUCAUACCGUGGACGAGUUCAACGAUUUAGUCAAACCAUGGUUCGAUGACCUUCAUGAGCUGGGAAUUCUAAUCCAACCAAAUACAACCUAUUAUGACAGCUUCUACGACGGCUGGAACGCCGGAUUUCCGCUCGAAACCGUCGCCUCCUCGACCGUAAUGACCGGCUCUCGCCUCUUCCCGCGCGCAAACUGGGAAACGCCUACAUUGCUGAAUGAGACAUUCAAUGCCUUACGUGCGACUAUAACCGACGGCUUUACAUUGCUCGCAUUCAACAUGAAAGCCGAGCUACAAGAGGGCUUCACUUCGAAUGCAGCAAACCCGGCUUUCCGCCAGUCGCUGAUGCACGCCAUCACAUCGACGUCCUGGACGAACACUACCUCCGAUGCUGACAUCAAAGUCAAGAUGGAUGACCUCACUAAAGCCAUUGGAAAGUGGCGCGCUGUCUGCCCCGAUUCCGGCGCGUACAUGUCCGAGUCGGAUAUCCAAGAGCCGCACUUCCAGCAGGCCUUCUAUGGUACCAACUACGACCGUUUGUAUAAGCUGAAACAGCGGUAUGACCCGACUGGUUUGUUCUAUGUGCCUACUGGUGUUGGCAGUGAGGAUUGGGUUGUAAAGAGCAUGGAUGGUCUUCCGAAUCAGAAUGGUCGAUUAUGCCGGAUUCAAGGUGAUACGGUGUAA